AUGUCUACCAAUAAAGAUCACGGCAAGCAAAGAAAAAAUGAACAUUCAUUUAAGCACUUACCAACUGAAGUGUUAUUAAAAGCACGAAGCACUCUUUUUUCGUUAGGUGGUGCACUCAAGCCAAAACAUGAGCAACAACAAAGACCUAAGUUACCUAAGCAAGAAGCCAAAGACAAGAAAAGUCAGGAGAAACUAAAAACCAGCCGGUCUGAGCCAGAAUUCAGCGAAGUUCGAAAAAAUAAGCACAGAAGUAGAAUUGAAGAUGUGCAUCGCGACUACCCUGGCGGUUUGAGACCUAGACCUUUAUCAGUAGGAGCUACAAAGCGAUAUGAAAAAGAAUUUGACGAUUAUCACAGCGGUCCUUUUCCAAAAGAGCCAUCACCGCUACGUCGUCAGUUCGAAUCUGCGGAAGAAGUCUGUGUGCAGUCACGUCUCGUGAUACCCGUUAUUGAAAGACUGAACCCAGAUAUCCAAAUACAGGAUGUCAAUGAAAGACCAAGGAAAAAACUGUCAUUUCGUGAACCGGAGAUCAUUAGUAGUGGAAGUGCGACAUUGGGCCGCUCUCAUAAGUUAAUGGGUGUAAAUAGUCUCUCCAGAAAGCCGAACAGGCACUCCAUGAGGUCGGAGCCUCAGUCCUCAAGUUUAGAAGGAUUGGACUCAGAUUUAGAGAGUCAAGCAAUGAGGAUUGUGCGCACCGUGGGUCAAGCCUUCGAGGUGUGCCAUAAGAUGCAGAUCAAUUCUCCAGAGCAGCCAGCGCCCUCCACCUCGUCCGCUCCCGAUGAGCCAGUAGCGAGCGGCAGCGACAUGGCCGCUUCCAAAGAACCGGCUUCCGAAUGUGGUGCCUCCGAGAGUGCAGCUUCUACCACCAAGGUGGUGAUUGAAGAGGGAGCUGUAGGAGGUCGUGAAGAACGACCUAAGCAUCUGGACCUCUUGCCUCCGCCACCAAGGAAGGAGGGCAAGCGAACUCAGCGUAUUACUCCGGCGCCGACCAUCAACCUGCCUGAUCUGCCGGAGUGUGUAACUAAAGUGGAGGUGGCUACUGGAGGUGAUGAGGUCGGGGAUGCUACUACACCAUUGAGUGCGCAACACCAACUGCAGUUGCUGCGCGAACGGUUGGAGCAACAAGCGCAGCAGACUCACGCGGCGGUUGCGCAACUGUUGCUUCUACGAGACCAACUAGCUGCCGAACAAGCUGCUCGCUGCGAGGCUCAGGCUCGCACACAUCAGCUGUUAGUGCAUAACAAGGAACUCCUUGAGCACAUUGCGGCUCUAGUUGCCCACUUGCAAGAUCGAGAGCGCGGCUCUUCUCGACCAAUCAGUGCUCAGCAACUGACGCUCUUGCCCCAGAUCCAGAAAAAUGCAGAAGCCUUCAAGCCGGACAACGCACCAACGUGCAACGGCAACCGCUCGCCAACUAACACCGAGGCUCUUAUCAACUUGAUUUCUCAGAACACCAGAGCUAAUCAAAACUUAGAGAAUAAUAAUAAUAACAUGAAUUUCUCGCCAUUUUGCGUAUCUCCAGUCCAAGAGACUAAUAGCGUUGCUUCAGCUCCCCCUUGCUUUGGUGGUAUGACCAACGAGCAAAUCCAGAAUUACUUGAUAUCGAAGUUCCAGAACAUGGGAGGCUUUCCUAAUGGUGGCGAGGCGACAAAUAAGCCAGCUCCUACAAUAAACUACAACCAGCAGUUCUUUCAAAACUGCAAUGCUUUCCCGAGCAUUCCGCCGCUGACGAGUCACUACAGUAAUACCGAUUUGGCGAACCUGCUAAACCAACAGGGCUACAAGGACAUAGGUGGUUCCACUGAGGAAUUUGGACAGUUAGCGCAAGCCAUGAGUGUUGCCCAGUCCGAAAACUCACUGUACAGUAAUAGCCAGCAGAGUUCAUCGAAAGAUUCGAGCCCAGAUGGCUCUAGCUCGGAAGACGGAGCUCCGUUCAUAAUGCCACUAUCGCACAACUGCACUUUAACGGCUACCGGUGAGGACGGACGGGUUAGGCUUAUCGUGCCAGUGAGCCCUUCAGAAAGCACAUCUGAAGUUGGAGAGCCACAGGCAGAACCUCAGCCUUCAAGCUCAUCUGGGCAUACUUUGCGAGUACCCGGUCAAGAGCGUCCAGGAACACUGCUAGCCCCAGCGGCGCCCAUCACUCGCACCACGAGCGAGAAGGUGCCAAAUCGAAGCGAGAUGAUGACGGCUCUGAGGGCCCAGUGGACCCGCCACACUACGAAAUAA